UUAUUGUUAAUCACAGAACAAACCAUAAUCUACAAAUUUUUGUGAUAAAAAUGGCCCUUCCGCUUUGAUAAUGUUAAGGAAAAAUAAUCAUUAAGCACCAUUAUUCGAUAAUAAAUGUAUAUAUAAUAAGUGUUUGCUGUGUUCAAUUUUAGUUUAGUUGUUUAGUAUUAUUCUUGUCGCAAUGCCUUGCACUUUAUGUAGAGCAGACUUCAACUUGUUUAAUUGGAAGUUAAAGUGUGGAGAAUGCGAUGAAAAGUAUUGUAGUAAAUGUUUAAAAAAGAGGGAAGGUAUUUUUUAUUGUGAAAAAUGUAUGAUACUUUUAAAAAGACCUCCAGAUAGAGUGAAAUUAAUGGAACUAAAGCCAAAAGACCUACAAGCUUAUUUGAACAAAAACAACAUUUCCACUUAUGGCUUGGUGGAAAAACAAGAACUAGUCGAUUUAUUCAUUAACAAACAUCUACCAGAAAAACCAAAAAAGAAUUUCGUCGGUAAAGUGACAGCCAACAUAGCAGGGACAACGCAAAUAAACCAAUUUUUUGAUUCUAUAAUAGCUCCGGAGCAGCGACCUAACGGGCCCAAGGGCUCCGCAGCUCCAAACGUUCCCCACGAACCGACAACAAUCUAUCGAAACAUACCGCGGUUUUCGCGCCAAACUCCUCCCCCCACUCCCGUGGAAGAAACGCCCCCGGAAGUUCCCGAGGAGCCGUUGGCCCCGCCCCCUGCAGCGGAAAUGCCCGAGACAGCGACAACGGAACCCCAACCCACCACCUCGAGCGUUAAUAUCGAGGUUAACGGGAAAAAGGAUGAAACACCGGAAGGCAGCCCUCUACCCAACAAGUAUCCCAAGCUAAGUGAUUUUGAAACUGCAGAAGAGAUAAAUUGUUUAUCAUCAAAACAGCUGAAGCAGCUAUUGACUUUGAAUAGAGUGGAUUUUAAGGGGUGUGUGGAAAAGAACGAAUUACUGGAGCGCGCAACUCGGCUGUGGCAGGACAACAAUGAACUUCACAAAGAACUCCCGGAAAAUAUCCAGGAUCUUUGUAAACUUUGCAUGGAUGGUCCACUGGACUGCGUACUGUUGGAAUGUGGACACAUAGCCACUUGCAUAGACUGCGGUAAAAAACUUGCCGAAUGCCCGAUUUGCCGGCAAUACGUCAUUAGAGUUGUUAGAACGUUUAAAGCGUAAAAAAUCGCGCGGAUUUUUAUUCAUAUUAACUGGAGUUCCUUGUUUUGAAUCAUUUAAAUUAAAUGGGACUCUUAAUUUUAUCGAAGUGUAAUGUCUAAAGGUUGGCAAUGAUGCUAACUUCAUGCUUGACUUCAUUGGCGUAGGUGCAAUAUUCUUGCCGUUUUUUAAAUCUCAAAAAUUUAGUGUUGAAUGUAAACAAAACAAAGUAGAUUAAUUGAAUUAAAUACUUAAUAAAAAUCGUACAAAAUAAU